GGCUUUGUGUGCGACUGAUGGGAAGAGGACGGCAGCAACAAGUGCUGUGUGCAGACUGCAAGUCUCUGCUGCUGCUGCUGCUACUCUGAACUGCACCCACAUCCAGGCAAGGGUGUGGCAAGAGAAGGCAAAGCAAGAGCUCCUGAGCUUUGGAUGAGGAAGAAACUUGGGAUCCUCAGAGAUUACUUCCUCAUAUUUCUGUGCUCUGGAAAAUGAGAAGAGUGAAUUGAUGGCUGUGAGCCACCUGACCUCAGUGCAAAUCAACCCACAGAGAAUCAGAAGAAAUUCUUGUGGGCCCUCUUAGUUCAAAGGAGUGUGAAGAAAAAAAAGACAAAUUUUCUUUGCCCUAGCAGCCAUGCAGGACUCCCUAUUACUGAUUGGAUGACCAGCAUGUUUCUGGCAACUGAGACAUCUUGGCCUGUGCUGUUCCUUUGCUCUCAAGUUCUCUUCUGCCUCUUCUUUUGCACCCCUUCCUGUUGUUGUACAUCCUGCCCUGAACAGUGUCAAUGCACCAAUUAUUCAGGAGCAACUGCUGUUCUGUGCAGUGCUAGCAACCUGGAGGAGAUUCCAACAGAUAUUCCCAAAGAUACCAUGUUUUUGAAGCUGGAUGCAAAUAAGAUUACUGCAGUUCCCAACAGCACUUUCAGGCAUCUUGCCCACUUACAAGAAAUAGAUCUCUCCAAGAAUGCCAUUGAGAAGAUUGAUUCAGCAGCGUUUAAGGGUGUUGCUGAUGGCCUGAGAUUGCUGGAUCUCUCUGGCAAUCACAUACAGAGAAUCCCAAAGGAAGCUCUGGUCAACUUGAAUGCCAUGAUUCGCUUAUCCAACAAUCCUUGGCAUUGUGAAUGUACUUUGCAGGAAGUCUUGUGGGAAGUGAAACUGGACCCUGAUUCAGUCAAUGAGAUCACCUGUCAAACAUCUGUGCAAGAGGAAUAUGCUGGAAAACCUCUGCUCCACAUCCUAGAUUCAGGCAUCAACUUUUGCAACAUACACCAGAAAACCACUGAUGUUGCCAUGUUUGUUACCAUGUUCAGCUGGUUUACCUUGGUCAUUAGCUAUGUGGUAUACUAUGUCCGGCAUAAUCAGGAGGAUACAAAGAAGCAUCUGGAAUACUUGAAGUCACUACCUAGCACAAGAGUUCCUAAAGAGACUAUCAGCACAAUCCUGUAGCCUGGAGUGCUACACAGCCUGUUUUCUAAAGAAGAAAAUGUUGGAUGAAAUAUAGAAAGUUUAUUUCCUGCUAGUUCAGCCAGGACUUUUCUAUUUUUUUUAAAAAAGAACAAAGUGUUUCAUAAAAGGUAAAAAAAUGUGUUGCCGUUAUAAAUAUAGUAAAAAUGUCUAAACCACGUUUCCCUAUGCUCUAUGCCAGGGGUAGGCAACCUUGGCUCUUUUAUGACUUGUGGACUUCAACUGAGCAUGGCUGGCUCAGGAAUUCUGGGAGUUGAAGUCCAUGAGUCAUAAAAGAGCCAAGGUUGCCUACCCCUGCUCUAUGCUAUUGUUACCGAUAGUGGACCCAACAGAGAAAACAUAAAAAGGAAUUUGAAUGGCACAUGCUUUAUUUUGGCUCCCUAAAAUUCACAAUCAAGACCUUAUUCCAAGAGAGAAAUCUAAAAACCCUCAAAUGGAGCAAUAUAAUCCUGACAAAUGUGCUCAUGGUGCCAAUAGAAUAUGUACAUGGCUGACUUUUGCUUGAUACUCUGAAUGAAAAGACAAAACACUUUCUCCAAAGCUUACAGAAAGUUCUAUUGCUAAAUUCAUAGAUUUUGCAAACAAGGACCCAUACAGUUUGAUGUAAUUUAAUAUGUAAUAUAUAUGUUUGUGUGUGUGAUGCAAAUCUAAAAAAGGAUACACUUUAUACUCCAUCUAGAUCCAUACUUCUUCAUUCUCCAACAGAGUAAUAAUGUGUUUUUAAUUCCAGAAACGUUAUACUGCAAAUAUGGUGCAAGUAAAAUGCAAGUAAAGGAAAGGGGAAAAAAUGAGCAUGUGUUAUAAAAGAAAUAAUGCUGAAUAGAUUCCCUUUAGGAAGAUGGGGCAGAUACACAAUGAUGAAAUUGUCUAUUUCUACAUUUGCUUACUUUGUAUUGCAAAUGGUGGUUCAAAAGUGCAGCUGGUCUGGAGAUUAAUAAAUUUGAAAAGGGAAAAAAUGAGUAAUAAUUUUAACUUGAGAAAAACCUAGCCCUGGCAUCUGAUAACAGUUUCUGAGAACCAAAAUCUUCAGGCUAAGGAAAGAUAAUAUAAGAAUAAGCUAAUAGAAAAAGUAAAUAAGAAAGCUAUAAAGAGCCUCUCUUUGAGGGAGAUGAAUGCUCUAGAUUAGAAACAUGAAAUAUAAAUAUAAUAAAUAAUACAUCAAUAAAAUAUUAAAUUGGAAAUGCUUCUUUACAUGAUUUUAAGUUUCAAAAUCUCUGUUAAAACAGAUUCCCUGUAAAUUUAGCAGAUUUUGUUUGCAAAACAGGUUGAAUCCCACCUAUUCAGAAUCUGGCAGACUUCAGUAAAGCAAGGUCAGUGCUGGAGAGAAUCUAUUGGCAGCAAAUAAAUUUGACAGCAGCACUAUAAAGCAUUCACACACUGCACUAGACAUAGAAACAUGCUAGACUUGCUUUUUUGAAAACAGAGUUUCAAAUUAAGUCUUUAUCUGCAUGGAUCCAAUUGUUAUGCAUUUUAAGACACUUGAGAAUCUUUGUUUGUACCAUUGAUUCUCUGCUCUGCUGUUCUAGUGCAAUAGCAUUGCUUUCCAGUUGGCUACUUUUGGGGAAAUGUAUGUUCUCAUAAUGGAGAUAUAUAUAUAUCUCCAUGAUGCACAAAUGUGGCAUCAUCGUGUGUGAUCUUGGGAAAAUAUGAAACUGCUGUAAAAUGUUGAAAGGGACCACAUUUGUAGUUCUGUGCACUCUUAACACUUUGUGGUGAUCAUAUCUGAAGGCCCAUCAUGCAACAGCUGGUUAAUCAACACUUUGACAAAUUUCAGGACAGUUGGGGCCUUUUUUUAUUACUAGUUUUAUACUACUGCUUAUGUACCAUUUUUGUGCAGGAUGCAAAUGUUUUCUGGUAAUAUUUGAGUUAUGGGCAUAUAAUUCAGUCUGAUGUUGAAACUCUUCUACCUUCUUCCUAAUUCUCAGUGUAAAGUGUGGUUAUGACAUCUCUCAUAAUGAGCAUCACAAAUUCCUGCACCAUUUUGUGAACUUAAAAAAUAUUGGUGGUUGUGUAUCCAUCUACUAUGUAGUUUAAUCCUAAAGAAGUCUUUCACUGUCAUUUUUUUUUCUUUUAAACUGUUUUAAAAAAUCAAAAA